CAAAAGGGUGUGGUGGUGGGCUAUCUUUUCCUUCCAUGCAAGGACAAAUUCUUUGAUAAAUGUGAGAGAGAAAGACAGAAAUCAGAGAGAGAAAGAGGUUGGUGCGUGCUUUGUAAGUUGCUUAUAGCAUUUUGCUGAUUUACAGUGAGCACAGGAAAGAAGAGGUAAGAAGAGAGAAAAUCUUAACACAAAACACAAACAUGUUCGAUGGAGUACCAGACCAGUUCCACCAAUUCAUAACUCCAAGGACCUCACUACCACUUCACUUACCUUUCCCUCUCCAUGCUUCAGCCGCCCCCAAUACCACCUUCCCCACCAAUUUUGAUCCUUAUAACCCUUCUCACAAUUUGCCACUCCAACCCAAUCUCUUGCACCCAUUACACCAUAAAGAUCAUGAAGAGAAGGAAGAAACUAGCACCGUCCCUAUGAACUUCGAAAUCCAAAGAGAUCAAAGGCAACAACAACAACUACCCGAGCUCGUUGAUCCAUGGACUAACGACGAAGUGCUCGCACUCUUGAGGAUCAGAUCUAGCAUGGAAAGUUGGUUCCCAGAGCUCACUUGGGAACAUGUCUCAAGGAAGCUAGCAGAGCUUGGAUAUAAGAAGAGUGCAGAGAAGUGCAAGGAGAAGUUUGAAGAAGAGAGUAGAUAUUUCAACAACAUUAAUUUCGGCAAGAAUAAUAACACCACCACCACUACCAACAACAAUUAUCGGUUUCUUAGUGAGCUUGAACAGCUUUAUCAAGGUGGGGGUGGUGAUCACCAAGCUGUGACAGAAGAAAAGACUCAGCAACAAGACAAGAUGGGCCAGCAUGCAUCGGAAGAAGGGGAUUCGAGAAACGUUGUGGCAAAACAAAACGACGACGCAGUGAAAAAGACAAAGGAGCGAAAGAGGAAGAGGCCUGAUAGAUUUGAGAUAUUCAAGGGUUUUUGUGAGAGCAUUGUGCACAAGAUGAUGGCACAGCAAGAGGAGAUGCACAACAAGCUUCUCGAGGACAUGAUGAAGAGAGAUGAAGAGAAGUUCACGAGAGAGGAAGCUUGGAAGAAGCAAGAGAUGGAGAAGAUGAACAAGGAGCUUGACAUGAUGGCACGUGAGCAAGCUAUUGCAGGUGAUAGACAAGCCAACAUUAUUCAAAUCUUGAACAAAUUCUCAGCCACUUCCCCUGCAAGCCAAACCCUCAAGGUAACCAGUGGUUCAAACCUAAACACAUACCUUGCAACACAAAACCCUAAUCCUUCACAAAACACCCCAACAGAAAACCCUACCUUGAGUCUUGCACAAGACACAUCACAACAAGUUAUUCCUUCUUCUUCUUCUACUUCUGCUCCAGCUCCGCAGAACCCUAGUUCAGGUUCUCUACAUAAUAAUCCACUAGAGACAAAUUCGAUUAUGAAUAAAGGCAAUGAGAAGGACGAUACUGGGAGAAGGUGGCCAAAGGAUGAAGUGUUGGCACUGAUAAACCUGAGGAGCUCUAGUGUGACCAACAACAAUGAGGAGAAGGAAGGGAACAAGGUCCCUCUGUGGGAGAGAAUCUCACAAGGGAUGUCGGAGUUGGGAUAUAAGAGAAGUGCAAAGAGGUGCAAAGAGAAGUGGGAGAACAUAAACAAGUACUUCAGGAAAACUAAGGAUGUUAAUAAGAAGAGGUCCCUUGACUCGAGGACCUGUCCCUACUUUCAUCAAUUGAGCUGUUUGUAUAAUCAAGGAAAACUUGUUCUACAAUCUGAAAGCCAAUUGAAUGAUAAUCCACCUGAGAAUCCUGAUGAGCAAGUGCCACAAGAUCAAACCCAAGCUAAUGAGUCUAGUUCUCCUCAAGUGGGGUCUGGUGGUUUCAGUGUGCAGCAGCAGCAGGUUGAUCAUGGAGGUGAGAAACCCUUGAUGCAAGUACCUUCUUUGGAUUUUGAUCAGUUUUAAUUCAUUGAUUUGUCCAUGUUCUGUCACAUAAUAAGUACUGCUUCUUUUGUAACUUGUGUAUUUUUGUUUUUUUGGUU